AUGCCUGCACUCGAAGUCGUCGUUGCAUAUAUGAAAGUAUUUUGUGUUAUGUUUAAACAUUGGUUUCGUGAUUUAUUCAAAUCACUUACUAGUAGUACACCUCUAAAGAAUCUAAGUGCCGAAACUAUUCUUAUUACUGGAGCUGCAAGUGGUCUUGGCAAAGGUGUUGCUC